AUGAAAGAUAUUGGCCAACUUCGUCCUCUAUCCUUUAAGGAAUCUGUUAGGGAAUGUUUUACCACCAAGAGGUGGGGUGAUUCUGAUGAGGAUGCUGUGAAGUUGGCAGUUUUGUAUUUCGUGGAGUGGUUCUUGCUUAGUGGCACUAAGCAUAAAAAUGUACCCAAGUCUAUUUUAGAUGUUGUAGAUAGUGGGAGGUACAAUGAAUUUGCUUGGGGCCGGAGUUCUUUUGAAUUGACUAUUUCCUCAUUGAAGGGUAAGCUUGAUAGUUGGGUUGAGGGGGUUAGGAAGGCAAGGAGUUCGGGAAAGAGGCCGAGUGUUUUUUACACUUUGAUUGGUUGUCCUCAUGUUCUUCAAGUUUGGUUCUACGAGUGUUGUAAGUACAUGAAAGGUAAGUACUGCCAAAAGGAAAGCUCUCGUAUUCCAAGGAUCACUCAGUGGACAUGCAAUAGUCAACCUACUUUCAAAGUUUUGAAGACUACUAUCUUUGAUGUUUCCAAAGAUAAGCUGCAACUUUCAAAUAUGAGGCCCACGGCUGGUGAGUUCAAAGCUUUGAAACUGAGCAGUUUCAAGUUCGACACCGACUACAACUCUUACAAGAGUCUUCCUGUUCCCGAAGAGCCAACUGUUGCUCAGAGUGACAUUUCUGUCAAGCUUGAUGCCUUUUCUGAGAAAUUUCAUGGGUUGGAGGUCAAGAUCGAUUCGUUGCAUACUUCCCAACAGAAGAUUUCAUCUGAUUUGGUUGAGUUGAAAGAGUUUGUGUCUGCACAGUUUGUUUCUUUUGGUGCUCAGAUGGCUUCAAUGCAGACACAGUUUUCUACUGUUUUUGCCGAUUCCUAUGCCAAGGAAAAAGGCAGUGACUCUUCCAAUGAUGAUGAUGGAGGUGGUGAUGAAGCAGAUUUUGAUUUAAAUGAAUCUGAAGAAACUGAUGAAAAUGAAGAAGAGAAUGUUAUGGGUGAUGAGGAAGGGGAGGGUAGUGAAGGUGAAGAGAAGGAUGGUCAAGCCGAUGAAGAUUCUGACUCAAAAGAAAAAAAUGAUAAUGGCAGUGAUGAUGAUGCCACUGAUAGUGAGGAGAAGGUAGAUAAGUAGACAAUGUAACUAGGUUUUAGUUACUUUGUGUGGUUUAUUUUGUUGUAAGUCCGUUUUAGGUAGUGCUCUUGUAAUUCUAUGUUAUUGUUAUGUCUCUUGUUAUGUUUUAUUUUUCAGAAAUUUGCAACUAUUUUCAGACUAUUUAUUUGUAUUUAUUAUGUUAUUUAUAUGGCUGUGUUUGUA